UCAGCUGGUAGAUAUGUCAUAACAAAUCAACAAUUUCACAUUUGAUCGUAAACAAAAUUUCCAAAAACGAUGCUUUUAUCAAAUAAAUUUUUGAAAAAUGCAUUUUUAUCCAGUUGCAAAAGAUAUUUAAGUGGAAAAUCAAAUGAGAAAUUCUAUGAUGUUAUCGUUAUCGGUGGUGGUCAUGCUGGAACGGAGGCUUGUGCAGCCGCCACACGCAUGGGAGCCAAAACUUUAUUGGUCACUCAUAAAAAAGAAACCAUAGGGGAAAUGUCUUGCAAUCCAUCAUUCGGUGGAAUCGGCAAAGGCCAUCUUAUUCGAGAAGUCGAUGCUUUAGAUGGAAUCUGCGCUCGAUGUUGUGAUGUUUCUGGUGUUCAAUACAAGGUGCUUAAUCGUCGUCGUGGUCCAGCUGUUUGGGGACCAAGAGCUCAAAUCGACCGCCAACUGUACAAAGCUGCGGUUCAAAAAGAACUCUUUAGUAUUCCUAAUUUAGACAUACUCUGUACACCUGUCGAGGAUCUUAUCAUAGACCAAUGUACACCAGAUGACAAAUCGGAAACUGCUUUAGUCAAGUGCUCUGGGGUAAUUCUUCAAAACGGAGAAAGAAUUCAAUCCCACGGAGUUGUCAUUACAACUGGAACAUUUCUCCGUGCUCACAUUAAUAUCGGUUUGGAUGUUCGACCAGCUGGUCGAAUGGGUGAUGCACCAGCCAUUGGUCUAGGAAAUACCCUUGAGAAUCUCAAAUUUCGAAUGGGUCGUCUUAAAACCGGAACUCCUCCGCGAAUUCGAAAGAAUUCCAUCGACUAUUCGAAUUUAAGUAUCCAAUUGGGUGAUGACCCACCAACUCCAUUCUCAUUUAUGAAUGACAAAGUCUGGAUCGAUGCUAAAGAUCAACUUCCCUGUCAUUUGACUAAUACAACUUUCAGAGUUAAUGAGAUCGUAAAAGAGAAUAUGCAUCAGAAUCGACAUGUGACAGAGGAAAUCACUGGUCCAAGGUAUUGUCCAUCGAUUGAGUCGAAGAUCUUACGAUUUGGGCAGAAAACUCAUCAAGUUUGGCUCGAACCGGAAGGUUUCAACAGUGACUUGGUUUAUCCUCAGGGAUUGUCAUGUACAUUGCCUGAGGAGCAACAAGUUCAAUUGAUUCAUUCGAUUGUUGGACUUGAAAAGGCAGAGGUUGCCUAUCCAGGUUAUGGAGUUGAAUAUGAUUACAUAGAUCCUCGAGAACUCUUUGUUACACUGGAAACAAAGCGUGUUGCUGGGUUGUUCUUGGCUGGGCAGAUCAAUGGAACUACGGGAUAUGAAGAAGCAGCUGGUCAGGGAUUAUUGGCUGGUGCAAACGCUGCAGCGAAGAGUUUGAAUAAGGAACAAAUGACUUUAAGUAGAACGGAAGCCUACAUUGGAGUGCUUGUAGAUGAUUUGACUUCUUUGGGAACCAAUGAGCCAUAUAGGAUGUUUACAAGUCGAGCAGAGUUUCGAUUAUUACUUCGACCGGAUAAUGCCGAUUUGCGGUUAACUGAAAAGGGCUACAAACUGGGAUUAGUCUCUGAAAAACGUUAUAAUCACAUGUGCCGAAUAAAGGCAAAACUUGACGAAGCCAUUGUCAUUUUGAAAGAUCUUAAACGGUCUUCAAAUCAAUGGAGAUAUCUUUUCAAUCUUCCGGAAUCGAAAACUUCUGUGCCAAAGAGUGCCUUUGAAAUGUUAGCCAUUCCUGCCGAUGAUAUAUCAUGUAAACAAAUUGCCAAUUUAGAACCAGAACAUCUCGGAUGGUUAGCAGAAGAUGAACAAAUUGCAAAUCGUAUUAAAAUUGAAGCUUUGUAUGAUUAUUUUGUUGUGGAACAAGCUAAAGAUGUUGAAGCUGUACGACAAGAGGAGCAAUUAAUGAUACCAGCGAAUAUAGAUUAUUUUGCAAAAUCCUUGAGCCUUUCCAAUGAAGAACGGCAAAAACUUACCAUGAUCCAACCACAAACUAUUGCUGCAGCUAGUAGAAUUCAAGGUGUAACCCCUUCAACAGUUGUCCGACUUCUUAAAUUUAUAAAACAACGUCCACAUCCAACUAAACAAGCCAAUCUUAUAUAAAUUUAAAAAAAAUAAUUUGUUCUAAAAACU